GUCCUUCCCCGGCGCCCGCGCGGCCUGCGGCAGCAUGAGAAAAAACCAGACGGUGCAGGGCACCUUCAGCAAACUCUUCGGCAGGAAGCAUGCCAACCCCCCCAGCACCUCCCUCUACGCCACCAAUCCCCCCUGGAUUUUCACCCACGAGGCCCCGGCGGAGGGGCGCAGGGACUUCGAUGGGAUCUGUUACGGAGACAAUCGGUUUGACACAGUGAGUGAGUCAGGAACAGCCACGGUGAAAGCCCGGCCUAGGGUCCGGCCCCUGCUGACCUUCCUUCCACUGAAUGCCCAGGAGAACCAUGGACUUGCUGUGCCCACCCCUUCUGUCCCAGAAGACUUUGCAGACAAAGUGACAGGCACCAGCUCACUGGUCAACGGCAACCUCCGAUUAUAUAGCUCUGUGGGGGACCUAAGGCCUGGGCACUAUGGACAGGACCCACUUAUCCCGCCACCUCCCCCAGGCCCAGCCCCAAGGCCACCGCCAGACAUUUUGCAACCUCAAGGGGAGUCCCCACCACCACCUCCACCUUCCAUGGCUCCCCCCCCACCUCCCCUGCUGCUGGAACCCCCACCCCUGCCCAACAUGGUCCCAACCCCACCACCAGUAUUGGGGGCCCUGUCCCCCCCCUCCACACCCACCCCUCCUGAUUUCAUUCCCCCUGCCCCACCCUUGGCCUUUCUGGCCCUACCUCCACCCCCUCUGCCAGCCCCAGCACCCCCAGCUCCAGUAUAUCCUCACACACUGGGGACUCGCCUCUUUCCCUCUGGGGGUGUCACCAAGUGGAAAUCGGAGGCAGCCCUGAACGGCAGGCAGCCAGAGGCCCCCGGGACCAGCCCUCCCCAGAGCCCUGCUGAGCCAAAGGGGAGCCCCCUGAGACAUAAGCCGGAGACCCACCUCACCUUCCCCCGCUCAUUCAAGGUGCCUCCCCCAACCCCACUCAGGACAUCAUCCAUCCCAGCUCAGGAAGCAGAGGGGGGUCCUCCAGAGGAAGAAGAGGCCAUCAAAACAGCCCCCAGUCGACUCCCACUACCUCCCAGCUUCCACAUCCACCCUGUGUCCCAAAUCUACCCGGAUGGGGCCCCUGAGCCAGAGCGCCCCAGGGAGCCCAAGGCUGCAACACCAGCCAUCCCAAGGGGAGACCAGUCCCCGUCCUGGACAAACAAACACGCUGAGACUCUGCCCCCAGCCCCUCCUCUGCCCCCUCCUGCACCCCCACUCCCUCCACAAGCACCCCCUCUCCCCACAGCUGCCCCUCCUUUGCCUUCUGCUGAGAAGGCAGCCUCCUCUCCACCUGCUAGAUUUACAAAAAGCCCCCAAAUCAGCCUUCCUGCUCCCAAACCCAAACCCAAACCCAACCCCCCAAGCCCAGAGGACACGGCCUCUUGCGAGCCUGUGGACUGGCGGGAUCCCAGCCAGAUGGAAAAGCUUCGGAGCGAGCUGGCAGCCUAUCUGUGUGGCUCCAGGAGGGAGGACCGAGUCUCCAGUCACAGGCCAGGACUGAGGACCGCCUCUCAGGGGAAGGAGGACAAGGGCCCCAGCCCUCCGGAAAAGGAGGCUCUCCCAAGCCUGCCAGGGAAGGAGGUCCCCCUAAGUGUUCCUGAGAAGAGUCCCUGCAGCCUGCCAGAGAAGGAGGCCACUACUGGCCUGACCCUACCCCCUGUGGACUACCAUCCCCAAGACCCCCCAGCUCCCAGUGUCUGGCAGAUCCGGAGUGAGCUGGAGGCCCGCCUUUCCUCAUCAGCAGAGAAGGAAGCCAAACCAAGCAUAGGGUCUCUGCCUCCCAAACCUCGGCUACAAGGGGGAAGAGUUUUUGAAAACAGGGCUGAGAAUGGCAAAUUCUCGAAGCCAAUGGCCAAGAAUGUGCCACCUCUGUCUGCCAGCCCCAUGCCAACCACAACAUCCAAGGCCACUCCAGGGCCAGCGACACCCCCCAAGGCAGAGCCUGGGACAGCCACACCCCCCAAAGUGGCGCCUGGGAUAGCCACACCGCCCAAGGUGGUGGCUGGGCCUGCCAUGUCACCCACAGCCACGGUGCCCACCACAUCAUCCCAGGUGACAGCAGAGAAGAACCUGCUCUCAGCUGGGCAGUGGGAGAAGCCAGAACCUCAAGAACUUGCAGUGCCCUCCCAGCCAAUGGCAGAAGAGCGCCCCACAGAGGCCAGUCAGCCUCCUACACAAGGAGCCCUCUUGUCUCCAGCACUCCCAGCAAAGAUAACCCCCCGUGGAGAAGACAGGACAUUUCUCUACAAGCCCCAUCACAGCCAGAACAACCCCAGCCCAGAGGUUGCUAUGGUGAUGCCAAGGUUCACCAGAGAAGAGGCUGCAGGGUCAGGAGAGCCUGUGAAGGCAAAGGAGCCCCAGGGGCUGCCAGCCAAACCUCCAGCCUCAGCCCAGACUGCUGACAAACUGCUCAGACAUCCGGUAACCGGGGAGGUGGUGGAACCAGGCUCCCCGAUGGCCCUGCUCCUUGCAGCCAGGCAAAGGGCACAAAGGGGGAGGCCCGGAGGCACUGCCCUGGGCCGGUCCUCCCUGCCAGGGAGUCUCCGUGGGCACAGCAGCCGGCCAGAGGCAGGCUCUGACAGCAUCUUCUACAACGAGGGCCGACCCAACUCCUUCACUGUGGUCCCCAAGUUACCCAGGGAGACUGAGGACACCCAGCUGGCUUCAGUAGCACAGCCCACUGUACCCGGUCAGUGGAAGCCCCAGCCCCACAGAGACCCGGAGGGCACAGCACCAGGCCGCAGGGAUAGCUGGACAAAGGUGGAGCCUCCGGUCCCUGUGGCCCGGGAACAACCAGCGUCUUCCAACCCGCCCCAGGGCCGCCUGCUGCCCAGGUCGCCCUCGUCACCCCCUCCUUCCUACAAGCGGGAGGAGGAGGAAGAGAAGUUCAGCUUUGAGCUCAUCCCACCGCCGCCGGAGUUCAGCAACGACCCCGAGCCCCCGGCCCCGGCGCUCCAGUAUCUGGGGCGCCGGGGAUCCCCUCCCCGUAACAACUUCCCAGACUUGGGGCAGCUCCCGGCCGCGGGCUCCACGGCCUCGGCGCCUCGUGGCACGGCAGGUGCGCGCUAUGCCGGGGCCGGGGGCCUGGAGCGCCCCCUGGGCGGCGGCCGUUCGCUCAUCAAGAAGCGCCUGUACGUGGGGGAGCCCCACCGCAGCCCCGGGCUGCCCCGCGGCAGCCCCGGCCGCAGCCUGAGCUCCCCUAACUGCCUCGGGCCGCUCCCCGGGGGGCCCUUCGCAGCGUCAGGGGGCCCGGAGAUGCGGCGUGUCAACUCGGCAGGCCGCCCGCCCCCCGGCGGCCUGCACGCGCGGAUGCCGUCCGUGGAGAGCGCCGGCCGCGGGGAGGCCAAGUACAAAGCGCCGGGCGGCGACUGCGGCUGCGUCCAGCCAGCCGGCAGGUCUCCCCACAAUGCCUCCCACUAUGGAAGCCCCAUCAACACGUUCACUGUGAGGCCUGGGACCCGCCAUCCCAUCUCCUACACCUACUCAGGGGCCCAUUGGAAGGCCCUGUCCUGAGCCCACGUUGCUCUCAGCUCUACUCCAAGGGAUCAGAUCUGGGCAUUUGUUUUUGUAGGGGUAGGGGGGACGCAGCAGACAUUAGAGGCAGCCUGACUCAAACAUGGAGGAUUCUGUUCCUCGAACACAGACAGAUGGACAAUGAGUGAGAAACUGCAGGAAGAGUGGGCUUCUGUCUCCCAAAGCACUGGCAAGGCUGUGGACUGCUGACUGGGGUGGGAGGGAAGGAGGGAAGACAGGAGGAACCUCCAAGGCCUGCAGCCUGAGUGUCUGCUCUCUCAAGACUUAUUUAAAGAAGUUUCACAAGCAAGUAAGGGGUGGGGCACCAACUCUGAAUGGGAACCUAUCAGCAAGGCUGCACUCCCUGCCAGGCAUUCACAAAGAGCUGAGGCCCAGCCCCAUCUGGGUAGGGGUACAGGGUACUACAGGUUGAUUCUUUAGCCUCCACCAGUUGCCACUCCAAGAGAUGAUCCUGGGGUUCCUAGCAUAAAUGCCACAGGAGGUGGAACCAGGAAUAUGCACACAGAACAUUUAGAGAAGUUCGCAUGGGCCAAGGGUGGGGGUGGGGGAACUGAUGGUUCAUUUCUCCCUGGCUCUGGCCAUUAGCUACAGGGAAGCCUAAAGAGAAAAGUCUUGUCAAGUUUGGGCCAGGAGACAGAAGACUAAGGCUUGCUUUUCUACUCAGACCCAGGCAGCCAUGAUUUGGGGGAUUGGACCCAAGGAGCCAGAAGGCCUGGGACUUGACACCAAGGUCCGUACAUAGCCAGGUCCCAUUUGAGUUUGGAGGGGUCAUCAUUCCCAACCCUCCCCUCCCAACCCUGCUAACUACCCCAAUACUAUUGAGGUUUUAAAAUAUGUAGCCGAGGUGUUGGAAGGCCUAGGAGAGUGGGAGGCAGCUGAGAUGGGGAUAGAGGUCUGAGAGAUGUUUGCUGCCAACAGGGAACAUGUUUUGGAAAGUCAAGAGCAGCAGCUCAGAGCAAGGGACACUUAUCGGUAGGGUGACCAUUCAUGCUUUGCCUGGUGUUCCAGGUUUAUGCCUGUUUUCCAGUGAAUCAGACCCCCUUUCAUGUUAAAAAAAAGUCCUGGUUUGGAUGAUGUAUGGUUGCCACAGAUAUCAGAAAACAAUAUUCCUUGGUCUGUCUGCCCAUCCUUCAGGUUUUGGUGGGCUGAAUUCCGGGACCAGGCCAAGGCAGGCUGCCUCGGUAAGGAGGAAGGACAGGGAGUGGCCCAUCUCAGGAGCAGGCCUAUAGAGUCAGCCAGGAAGAAGCUGCCUUUGAGGGCAAGAUGCUGGGCCUUUAGGAUUUGAGGUAACCAGCCAAAGCCCCAGGCUGUGGGGGCAGCAGGUGAAGCACUUCAGGGGAAGAGUCCAGGAGUGGGUAGGUCCCCUGAUGCGGCAGGCUCCGGUUACCUGCGUUUGAGGCAGGCCUCUCCCCCAGCACCAGCCCUGGCUCUCUCUGUGUGUAUGUAUUUUCCUGUACACUGUUUUAUAGAAGAGUUCACUACUUUAUCUGCUGUGUUGAGGCUU